AUGGUAGCAGUCAUCAUUAUUUGGAGUUUGAUUGCUAGAGCUGUCAAAAGCACCACCAAUUGUGUGGCUUGGAACAGAAAAGUAGUACCCUUCUGUUCCGAGGCUACAAGAGCAAGACCAAAGCUGCCUCAGACCUCUCAGUUGCUGAAAGAACAGCAGCCUUCAUCUACCUCAGUCUUUGUUUUCAUGUGGUCUUCUCCCUAUAAAGAAAGCAGUUUCGGGAGUGAUGAGACUCAUUGUUGCUUCAAGCAAAAUCAUGAUAUGUCUCCAGUGAAGAGUGUGAGCUCUGGAGUGAAGCAAGUGACUGUGGUGGCUGACUUUGCUAAUGGGCUACUGAGUCCUAAUCUCUAUAUACCUAUCAACAUCCUUGCAAACAUCCUUUCAGCAAGUGACAUGGCAAUCAUUCUUGUUGAGGACAUGCAAAACUACUUAACUACAGCAAACCCAAGCCCCAAUCCAUCUCAUGAACUUGGAGAUGGACAGCUGUUCUUUGGCCAGCUGGUUUUAAGGAAGCAGGUCCUCCUUGUUACCAUCAAAGUAAUUAUCAUCAUUCUCUGCUGCUCUCAGAACUGUGAAGGCUCUCUCAGUAAAGUGCUCACAAGCCUCCUACAAAUCAGCAAACCAGAGGCUACCAAGUCUCCUUGCCUAAAUCCACAACUCCUGUCUGGCAACCAGAGCAUCUCUGAAGAAACCACCGCUGGCGUCCAUAAUUUGUCGAUGAUGAUGGCCGAUGGCAUCUUAAAGGUGCUUACCAUCAACGUCAAUGACUCAGUCACCAAGGGCAAGUUUAACAACCUCUAUGGCUGCCGGGAUUCUCUCACUACUGGCAUCAAGCCGGCCACAGACAUGAUGAUGGCAGGCAGAGUUGUAGUGGUGGCAGGCCGGGACGUGGGCCAGGGCUGUGCACAGAUCUUGCAGGAUUUCAGUGCCCGAAUCUUCAUCACUGUGAUUGAUCCCACCAACACCCUGCAGGCAGCCGUGGAGGGCUAUGAGGUGACUAGCAUGGACGAGGCCUACAAGAAGGGAAUCAUCUUCGUGUCCACCACGGACUGCGUGGACAUCAUCCUUACCCGGCUCGAGCAGAUGGAGAAUGACGCCAUGGUGUGUAACAUUGGCCACUUUGAUAUGGAGAUCGAUGUCAAGUGGCUGGAUGAGAACUUCACACAGAAGGUAAACAUCAAGCCUCAGGUGGACAGUAACUGGCUGAAGAAUGGAUGCCGCAUUAUCCUGAAGACAGAGGGCCAAUUGGUCAACCUGGGCGGUGCCAUGGGUCACACAAAGCUGGUGCUAGCACAGACUGAGCUGUGGAUUCACUCAGACAAAUACCCUUUCAGUGUUCACUUCUUGCCCAAGAAGCUUGAUGAAGCAGUUGCAGAAGUCCGCCUGGGCAAGCUGAAUGUAAAACUGACCAAUCUAACCAAAAAGCAGUCUAAGUACCUGCUGGGUACACCCCGUGAUUGUCCCUUCAAGCCUGAUCAUUUCUGCUACUGA